CGGGGGUCUGGGGCAUGACCAAGUGGGCCCUGCCCCCAUCCUACAGUCAAAGCAUAGGCUUCGCUUAGCCUGUCUCUCGGAAUAGUAUUCAUCUAACAAGUAUUCAUCGAACAAGGAAAUCGUAUUUUUAUAAGCAACGAAAUGUGUGACGAAGGAUCGAUCAGGGAAUGUGAGCCCACCACCUUGCGGCUUCCUUUCAACAGCUACCACAUCAAUUUGCCGCUAUAUAUUUUGGACAUGGUGCGCAUCUUCCAGGAUCAUCCCAAGUACAGCAAUGGUAUCCACGAGGAGCACAUUCUGGAGAUGCUGGAAAAGGAACCCUUUGCCUGUGGCGAUCUGGAGUCGCAGGUGAAGACCGCUCUGCUGGACCUAACGGCCAAGGGAUUCAUACGCUUCAUUACCAAUGGAUACCGCACCCUGGGACCCAUUGCCAAACUCUCCAAUGCCCGUUCCGCGCGCCACUUCAACAUGACAUGGCAGCGCAUUGCCGAGCUGCAGAAGGUCAACUGUCCGAGCCUGGAGGCGGGAUCCAUCUCCAGCGGACCCUGCAUCCAGCGCGGAGCCAACUACUAAAUGAUUUCACUUUUUGUUGUGUUAACCAUUUCGUUUAUUGAGUUCAUUUCCUUGCAGAUCAGCAGAGUAACGCGCCACACACACUCUCCACACUUCUUCCAAAUUGUAAUCGUCUAGUAAAAUUCCUACAAAUCC